CUAUUAUUAAAAAGAAAGGUCCCGGAUCAAAGGCGUUUUAAAAAAAAAAAAAAAAAGAAGCGUCGCGAGCCCGAUGAAGCAGUGAUCCGGUUCACAUCAACACCUUCAGCUUCUGCAGCAGGAGGAAAGAGGAGUGAAAUCGCGCGCGUGGAGCAGUAUGUGGAGCCACGGGGUCACUGGAUGCGUGAGACAAACGACAUUCCGCCACACAAGCCACGGAGGCUUUUGUUUUGCGGAAGCGAGCGGAAAGACGCUCUGAGUGUAGCACCGGGAACACACACACACCUCAAGCCCAGACACACAUACACACUCACACCCCGAGCCCGGACUGACUGCUUUAACACCGAGCAAAGCAGAGACACGACCCGCGUGCACGUGCAGCAGCGCAAACACCGGGGGGAGGGGGGAUUCUUUUCCCUGAUCGCGGAGGAUUUUCUUCUUUACACUUUCGUUCCCUUCGGCAGAACAAGUCUGGACACGUGCAGCCCUGCAGUUCCAGAGAGAGAACAGAACAAGGCAGCGAUGACUUUGGUCUUGUCCAUGAACCCUUUCUGUGACCAUGAAGCUGAAACUCCGCGCACAAUUUACCAGCCAAUCUGGGAGCCUGAAACCAGUGGCCCCACCCAUUCAUCAUCUCGGGGCGACACCCAUGAGCACCAUGAUGAUCCUGCCUGUAGAGGAGCUGCAGGUCAUGUGACCAUGUCGCGAAUCGCUUACUUUAAAAGGAAAUACAUAGAAGACGACGACCUUCCACUAAACUUCAGGAGUUGCCGUCACAACGUGUCACCGGUGUUAGAGGAACACACUCACAUCCUUCACCUCUCUCUGGAUAAAAUGCGCUUCAUCGACGACCCUGAGGCGUUCCUGCGCCGCUCCGUUCUCAUCAACAACCUCCUACGUCGCCUCCGAGCCGAAAUCAUCCUCCAAGGGGCGUGGCCUUUUGUGACAGGCUCUGCCCCAGUUUCCUUGAUGAUGCCAGUCUCCGCCCACCAAGACCGGAGCCAUAAGAGGCUGAGAUUAGUGCAUGAGGACAAAGAUGAUGAGUGCGUCUCGGCGUGUUGUUGCUUCUACGAAGCGAACAGGUACAUGCAGCUUCCUGUGUGUGUGUACAAGCGGGACAUUCAGCCUUCAUCAUCAUCGCCGCCGCCAUCGUCAUCGUCAACAAGAAUAACGGAGAGAUUGGAGUGUCUUUUGGAAGAGGAAGAGGACGAGGAGGUCGAGAGUGAAGGAGAGGAGGAGCUCGACUCGCUGUGUCCCGGUUUGGACCGGUGUGAAGCAUUGUUCAGGGCGAGAGACAGAGAGAGAGAGAGAGAGACAGACGGAGAGACGACGGUCGCUGUGGAAACAGGACAGCAGGGGGCGCUAAGUUUGGCUCCACUAGGGAGGAAAUAGCGAUGCAGAGGAUUUACACAUGAUGGCUGUAUAAAUGAUGUAAAGGUCAACGGUAGCAGAAGACAAACAUCCUACAGAGAGAAAAUACCGAACACUGAUGAGGUGUGACGAGGAAUGAGUGAGCGGUGAUUACACUCCGGAGUCAGGAUGCACGAUUAGUUCACAACAAAUUCACAGUGAAUGAUUCAUAAAUUACGUGAACAGCAGACCUCGUUUAUCAAGCUUUAAGUCAAAUUGUGUGUCAAAAGUUUACAAAAAAAAUUCCCACUUUUUUUUUUUUUUUUAAUCCCCCGGUGGCUGAAAGGCCUGAAGGAGGAUUAUGUCGUGGCGAUGUUCGUCUGUCCGUCCGUCCCGGGAAGGGUGCUCACCUUCUGACAUUAACUCCUCUCACAAUUUUUGGAGGAAUUUCACAAAACUUGGCAGGAUUCAUUGUUAUAUGUCGGUAAUACGCAUAUUUUAAUUCUGUUAAAGUCGGUCACAUUUUACCAGAGUUACAGCCCUUGAUUAACAAAAUUAUAAUUUGACAAUUUCAUGAAGGUGUGCUCGCCUUCUAACAUCAACUCCUCUCUCAAUUUUUAGACAAAUUUCUCGAAGCUUGACAAAAGGCCUUGUUAUAUGACGGUAAUACGCAUAUUGCAAUUUAAUUUCGUUUAUGAAAAUUUUACCAGAGUUUUGACCCUUGAUUAAAUAACUUGUACUUUGACAAUUUCAUGAGGGUGUACGUUCUUCUGAAAUCAACUCCUCUCACAAUUUGUGGAGGAAUUUCACCAAACUUGGCAAAAGGCUUUGUUAUAUGACAUUUGCCCAAAUUUUCCCAGAGUCAUGCCCUUGAUUAUGAACAAACUUCUACUUUGGCAAUUUCAUCAAGGUGUGCUUGCUUUCUGAAAUCAACUUCCCUCACAAUUUUUAUCCCCCGCUGGCUGAAAGGCCUGAAGGGGGGAUUAGGUCGUGGCAAUGUCCGUCCAUCCGUCCGUCCCUGGAAGGGUGCUCACCUUCUGAAAUUAAUUCCUCUCUCAAUUUUUGGACGAAUUUCACAAAACUUGGCAGGAUUCUUUGUUAUAUGCCGGUAAUACGCAUAUUGCAAUUUUGUUCAAUUCAGUUGCAUUUUACCAGAGUUAUGGCCGAGUUACCAGUGGGGAUAUUGUGCUCUCAGAGCACUCUUGUCUGUUUUGUCACUCUCACGUGAGUAUUUUGAUAAACACCACUCAGUUGUAGAUUAGCAAACACAUUCAUAGCACAGAGAUUUAUUUUUAAAUCCACGCCCAAAACUCUCCUUCAGAGGCAAAGGUCACCAAGCGCUGAAAACGACAAACAGUGACGGAGCACCUCCUCAGCACUCCAUUCUCCACUAAUGCAGCUCAGCCACUGCGGCGUGUCACUAACCUGGAGACACGCCCUAACUGGGCCAUUCUCAGAAAAUGUGACAAGUAACAGUAAAAACAUUUUUUUAAAUGUUGUAUACACUAAUUUUAGUUACAAUCCCUGUAAAUAUAUUAAAUUGACAAAAAAAACAUACUUCAAAGCAAGAGAGAUCAUUAUUAUGAAAAAAUAAAGCCCAGUUGUUGUCUUUUACCGUUACCCAUAGUGUCUUUACCAUUACCCUAUAGAGUAACAGUAAAGACAUCUCAUGGCAUUUUUGGGUCACUGAGUGCAGAACAAAGAUAAACAAAUUGUGCAUUUAUUAUGCCAUCCUAACUUGCUACUUGGCUAACUAAACUUUUUCAACAUGCAGCAUCAUUAUCUUUAUCAUUCGGGGUAACGGCAAAGAUGGUUCUUUUCCCUGAAAUCUCGAAAUUUCAUAUUUACCUGAUCAAUAUCCUGGAUUCCAACAUUCAUGCACCAAUGAUUUUUUUUUCAAAAUGGCUGCUCAACAUCCUGGUCCUUCCUCAUGUAGCUGCACUGCCCCCCCUACUGUCAAAGCCCUGAGUUACAGCAUGAUUUCACCAUUUGGGUAACGGUAAAGACUUCAAGAAAGUACACAUUCUUGUGCAUAUAUUUUUAGGCUAUACACCAAAAACUGUUGAAGCAAAGAUCAUGAAAUUUUCCAAAAUAAAAAGUGAAGGAAUAGAGAUAAUAUUUCAGAAAGAAAAGUGAAAAUAAAAUUAAAAACAAAGGAAUUAUUUUCCUUCAAAUUUCACUAAUCCUCAUUUAGACAUAUGGCGGUAAUGACAAUUUGGUAUAUUUAGGCUAAAUAAAUUUUUUUGUAAAUGCAGACAAGUUGUCUCAAUUUAUUUAUUUAAAUUUUUUUUUUACUGCUCUGUUAAAUUCUUUCUUAAAAUAAAUGUAUAAUAGAAGUCAAAGUCCUUCCCACGCCUUACAGUACCUGGUAUUCCUAGGCAGUCUCCCACUCAAGCACUAACCAGGCCCAACGCUUCCAUAGCCCUCGGCCUCUCGCCUAUUACAUAGCUAGGGUUACAGUGGGGGGGCUAGUCCUCUGGUAACCACGAGAGUUUAACUCCCCAUGCACAUCAGGGCCAGCUUUAAUGGUUUGAGAGAGAAAAAAAGUUUUAAAUUCAUGUUUAAAACUGAAUUUGUCACAUUUUCUGAGAAUGGCUCGGCUCCUCCUCCUUUUAUGUCCUCCAUCAGAGACACAAAUACUCCUGCGAGUGAUUUAUGAAUAAAUUUGUUUGCAUCUAAGACAAUAAAUGAGGCCCACUGUCUCUGUCAUAGACGUCGCUUUAAAAACUGAUGUUUGUUGGAAAAACUGAGCCAAACAGGAAGUUAGAUUGAACAUUUAAUGUUUCGUUAAUGUCGUUUGGACCAGAACAGAGCACAACGCAACACUGUUCACGAUUUCAGAGAAUUCUUUGUUUCUCCAGGACUUUUUUAUUCUGAUGAACAUAAAAUGUUCCAGUUUCUCUCCAGAAAUUCGCUCACGGUGCCUUAUUUCUAUAUUUUACAUGUUUGUAUUUGUGGAUAUCCUUAACUCGUUACUUUAAUACAAAAAAAAAAGCAAAAAAACCCACCAGCGAUCAUGGAUAUUCCUUCUUGAUGCAAUCCGAUUUGAAAUGUACCGUUUCACUCAACAGCUAACAUUGGCUUGCUAGCUACUUUGUGCUUACUUCCUGUCUCCUGCUAGCUCACUGCAAAAGAGAGAGAGAGAGAGAGAGAGAGAUAUCUGUACAUCUUUAAAUACCAGAUAAUUGUGUCCCAAGGCUCUGACAUCACAGAUACUGUUUUGCUAGUUAAGAGGGUUUGGUUAUGUUACAAAAGUGAGCUGGUUACAUUUGUUUGUUAGUUAGGAUCUCAGCUUACAGAAGCACAACUUUAGCUUUUGCCAGAUUUCUGCCACAUGGUUAGCGAAGUAGCUAACAGGAAGCUCAGACCCUGUAAGUCUGUGACAGCAGUUAUAGUUAUUUACCAGAAGGAAAUGGAUGGAAAAACAUUUGUCAUUUAAAAACCUAGCUAGCUGGAGUGUGUUUAAAUAAAGAUAGUCAGACAUACGGUCCAGGAUAGGGCUGUGUACCGGUACUGUACCGUGAAAAUCGAUUCGGUACAGGUCCAAAAUACCGGAUCAUGUACCGGUACUGUACCGAUAUAAAUUUACACCAAGUAUCUGCUUAUUUUGUGACUGAAGAUGCGUAAAUCCUACCACAAAGACGAAAAUUUAGCACUGGAAAAGACGCAAAAUGCCGCGCUGAAACUUGAAAUCAGAGCCAUCUUUGAUUUGAGAUCCUCUCGCCACAGUCUCACGAGACAUUGCGAGAGCCUGGCUGAUCCAGCGUUCUGAUUGGUCAAAAAGACUCAAAAGCAGGUCAGCCAUUUUUCCUUUGCUGGCAUUGGCAGUCUUUGUUGCUUUGUGUAAUUUUGCCGCGCAAGUUAAAGGCCGCGGACUGCGCGUAGUCUGUAAUACUCUAGUGUAGUCACUUCUCGCUGUGAGACAACUUAUGACUUUUUGUCCCAAGUUAACUAUAGUGUGAGACUGAGAGGGUGACUGAGAAGUGAGGUAGGAGACCUAGUUAUGUUCGGUUUUCUUUGAAUAAAGAUACUGACAAGUUGUCAACAGUUUAUUAAUGUUUCUGUCAUUAUUGAAGAAGUUCAGAAGAACACAUGUUAAUUUGUCAAAUUGUUCAGGCACAGGUACAGGUCCGGACCUGUACCUAAACCUCUGUACCGGUACCUGUACCGAUACCUGAUGUUACGUUUAGGUACGCAGCCCUAGUCCAGGAUAUAAAUGUAAGGUAUCGCUCUGUAGCAUGACUGAUGGGUUUUUAUUGGAGAAAUAAAAGAUAAAAAUGAGCUAGCUUGGUAGUUAGCGACCAAAUGAAAUAAAAUAUGAAGUGUUUCAUGAGCUAGCAUUAAACUGAGUAGCUAAAGUGAAAUAGCUAGCUAAAUGCCGUAAGAGACCAGUGUUUAGCAAGUUAGCAAAGACUCCAGUCCACUCGAUAGAGAGAGAGAGCGGGGCGGGGGGAGGAGGUGUUCUCAACAAUAUCCCCGAUUUGGCACAAACUUUUAAAAAUGGAUGCUUGAAGGAAGGCAUAUUUUCUGUUAUUUUAACAUCAUGAUAGCAUUUUCUUAUGUUUACAAUUUUAAAAUGAUCAUGUUUACACCGAACAGCUUUUUUUUAUCUGUAAAAUAACUCCUGGCAUGAGCUCAUAACCUCUCCAGCACAAGAUCUGACUGACAGAUCACAGAGUCGUGUUCUAGUCGCAAGUCUCAAUCACAUGCUGGGCUUUUUACACAGAGUUAGCUUUUGUAGCUAAGAGCAUGCGAACUGCUGCUAAUCGAUGCUAGUUAGCGAACGGCGUUAGCACUGCUCAGCUGUGUUUUAUUCGCUCACGAGGUGCUCUCUGAGCAGAAACAACAAACAAAGCACAACGAAGAACAAACUGGCUAAGAAGGGUAACGGGUUCCCUCAGUGAUGCUCGCUAGCUGAUUAGGGAAAAGCAUGGUUUAAAAAAAAGAAAGAAAAGAUUUUAGCGAUAAAAUAGCGAGCUCACGUCUGUGAACAGAUGAAUUUAUUUUCAUUCAAACCAAAAUUCCGAAAAUCAUCAUCUGUGCAAAGUUUAAAGUGAGAACUUCAUGACGUGAAGAGGAAAAUGAGCUGUAAUAUUUAUGUUCAGACUCGAUCCUUUGCGCAAAUUAAUUUUUGAAACGUACAUGUGUAAAACAAUUCUCAGAGAUGUAAACACUGAUCUGCACUGAUCUGCACGUUCCAGCUCUGCUCUGAGAUCAGAAUAAAUAUUACACUUUUUUUAUCCUCUAUUCAGGCCCAGAAGUGAAGAAAAAACAUAAAAUAUGACUAAAAGUAAACGAUCCCCACUCUCCUGACUCCCUCAUCGACCUGGUACACGCGUACCUGUGUGUUUUUAACUUUUAUUAAAUUAAAGAGCAUUCAAUAAAAAUUUUUAAAGUGAAUUUGUCUCUUUGUAGAGUUAAAAAAAAAAAAAAAGAUCCCAGUUUUUUUUCCCUUCAGGUUUGUGUGUACUUUUUCACAAAGAAUAAUGUUGUUCAGUUUUGAUGUGCUUUUU